AUGAGUUGGCAGCUGUUGGAACGCUUCAUCGAGUCGGAUCAUUUCAAUAACGAUCCCUCGCUUUCGGUGGCAUAUCUCUCGCGGUAUGCGGACCACGUGGGGAUUCACUAUGUCCUUUGCUCCAAGCUUCGGCAGUUCUCCUACGAGGAGAUCGAAUUCUACCUCCCGCAGCUAUGCCACCUGCUUGUCUCCGUCGACAAUGAGUCUAUGGCCUUGGAAGAGUUCAUCACCGAUCUCUGCGAAGAAUCAGUGAACUCCGCUCUCCUAACAUUCUGGCUCUUCCAAACCUACCUCCAUGACCUCUCUGCCAACCCUCAAUCCCCCUCUUUCAAAUCCGCCCGCCGUAUCUACAACAGGGUCCAACGCAUCGUCUUCGGCGGCUCCGACUCCAUCCGCCGCGACCGCAUCAAAGAAAACAUCCUCCCCGUCUCCGUCCUCGCCUCCCUCGUCCUCGCAACCACCGCGGCCCCAUUCCUCGCCCACCAUGCCGGCCCUCUCGCCAUCGGCCAGGCCCGAAAACCCCGCCCCGUCGAAGACAUGAUCGAGGACCCCACGCACGUCCACCAGGCGCCGCAAAUCCGACGAAGCCAAACCGUUUCCGAAGGCCCGUCUCGGCCACGGAAACCAAGGCCACCGCGGGUGGAGGGGCUCAACGACUCGGAUCAGCGCAGACCGCGAACGAUGCAGAAUGGACCGGUGAUGCCCGUGAUUUCCUCACCCCGGAAAGUCCGCACUUUCGAAAUAGUCCCACGAUCGUCAUCGGCAAUCCUAAGGGACGAGAGUCGCUCACGGCUGAACUCCCCGUCAUUGCCAGAUGUGCGUGCUCCAAAAGCGGCACCGAUGCCGACGCCGCCAGCAAGCGCGGGGUUGCCGCUGGCAAGGCUUCGGGAAAAUCUGAAUAGGCGGCACUCGCAUGCGCCGAGGCCGUUGACCCCGUCGUCCAUCCCGAGGCCGCAGAGGAUCCGGAUGCUAAGAUCGAACUAUUUUCGUAGCGAGACGGCGUUUUUAACCGCGUUAGAGGACAUUUCGAUUCGGUUGGUGGCGGUGCCGAAGCCGGCGCGAUUGAGCGCAUUGCGAGCGGAGUUGGCGCUGAUUGCUCAGGAUCUGCCCGCGGAGGUGGACAUUCCGCUGAUAUGCCCUGCUUCGCUCAUCGAUGGAUCGGCGUCGAAGAGUUUGCAUCACCGAAUUGUGCGGAUCAAUCCCGCGGAGGCGACAAGUUUGAACAGCGCAGAACGAGUGCCGUAUCUAUUGAUGAUGGAGGUGUUGAGGGACGAUCUCACUUUUGACCCUGACACGGAGGAGAACAAGUCAUUGUUGAAUAAGCUGAUGGUUGAGAGAUCCACAACCCGACGACGGUUGUUCGACACCUCGGACGCUUUAAGAGAAGUGAGUGUGGAAAGGACAUCGGAGCCGAAGGUGGACAGCGUAUUCGAGCCCGAAAACGGUGAUCUGGGAAGCAGCUCUCUUUUGAGAGACCCCGAGGAAUCCUCCAGGCCUCGAAUCCCUUACCCGACAUACGGAUAUGCCGCACGUAGCCUCAUGCCUCGUUCGUCGAGUGGCAACAACACCGCAAACUCGAACACAGCACACACGACACCGCGUACCUCUUCCUUGGAAAACAGCCGCUCCAGCAGCCCCUUGCCACGACGCAUCACCAUCUCCGGCUCCCGCAACACCACCGACGCGGCCGAGGUCUCUGCCCUCGCGACGCACAUGCGCACCGCUGCCCAAAUGCUCGCCCAACUCAACACUAGCGGCUCCAAGCGCCCCCGCGCCGAAAUCGAAGCCAUCCAAUCCCGCAUCAUCGCCAGCAUGCAGAACCUCGAAGAGCAGAACUUCAGCGUCUCCGAGCCCGGCAGCAACCCGUCCCCGAUCAUCGAACGCAUCAUCUCCAACCACGCCCUCGAAUCCCCUUCCGACGCCCUCGAUUUCGAGGACUCCCCCGACCCCAACAGUGCUUCCGGCGCCGGCGCCGCCCGCAUGGAAAACGACCAGAAAACCGGCGGCCUGCUCCGGAAUGGCGACCGCGACGACCCCAGCGCCGCCACCGUCGGUGAAGACUGGGCGUCCAAGCGCGAGCGCAUCCGCCGCUCUUCACCGUACGGGUGGAUGGCGAACUGGGACCUCGUCAGCGUGAUCGUGAAGACGGGAGCCGACCUCCGCCAAGAAGCGUUCGCAUGCCAGCUUAUCUCCGUGUGCGCGAAGAUCUGGGCGGAUGCCGGCGUUGAUGUGUGGGUGAAGCGGAUGCGCAUCCUCGUCACGGGCGAGAGUUCGGGACUAAUCGAGACGAUCACCAAUGGCGUGAGCCUGCACUCGCUGAAGCGGAGCCUCACGCUGGCGAGCAUCGCGGCGGGGAAGAACCCGCGGAAGGGGAUCGCGACGUUGCCGGAUCACUUCGCGCAGGCGUUCGGGGACGCGGACGGCGAGGCGUACGGCGCGGCGGUGGAUGCGUUCAAGCGCAGCCUGGCGGCGUACAGCGUCAUUUCGUACGUCCUCCUCCUCAAAGACCGGCACAAUGGCAACAUCCUGAUCGACAACGCGGGGCACGUGAUCCACAUUGACUUCGGGUUCAUGCUGAGCAACUCCCCGGGCAACAUGGGGUUCGAGACGGCGGCGUUCAAGCUCACGCAAGAGUACGUCGACGUGCUCGGCGGGGUGGGGUCCCCGGCGUUCGAGGAUUUCAAAGCACUUUGCCGCGAGGCGUUCUUGGCGCUGCGGAAGGAGGCGGACCGCAUCAUCAUGCUGGUGGAGAUGAUGGGGCGGCAGAGCAAGAUGCCGUGCUAUGCGGUAGGCGUGGCACAGGUGGUGGGGACGCUGAAGGCGCGGUUUGCGUUGCAUUUAAGCCGGGAUGAGGUCGCGGGGUUCGUGGAUGAUUUGGUGGCGAAGAGUAACGGGAAUUAUUUCACGAGACUUUAUGAUACGUUCCAGUAUCGGACGCAAGGCAUUUACUGA